GUGUUUAUCGCCCACAGCGCCCCGUCUGCUCACACGAACCGGAUGAACUUGACAGUUUGAACGGGAAACGAUUUCACGCUGUCAACUCGGUUAAAUCCACGGUUGCUUAAUUCUGGCGUCUACUGUAAACACUGCAGACAUUUUAGCUUAUUUCCUGACACUGCAGCGCUCUGACUGAACACCCAGGCGUGUGAAGAAACCCGAAACGAGCAGCAGUUCGGCGACACUUCACAGCCAGGCGGGCAGGACUGUUGAGUUGAGGCUCAGGCAUGUCGGAACCGCGCGGCAAGAGGUUAAAAACCAGCGUCCCCGUCUGUAAAACACACCGAGCCUCGGUCGGGAGUGCAGUAAGGCAGAAUCUGCCCUCCGUGGUGGAGGAGGGGCUGUGCGGAGUUUCCAGCUUGCUCAUGGAGUUAGCUUACCGUCUCCAAGCGCUGGCUAAGAUCUUUGAGCAGGAUGACAUGGCAUUGCCCCGUGUGGCUGCAUACUUCCAUCAGGAGUCCACGAGGGAGCACGAGCAGGCGGAGGCCAUGCUCCACUACCUGUCAGAGCGUGGAGGACAGUACUGCAACAAAGAUAUUCAGAGACCAGGCACAGAGCAGGUGUGUGCGCUACUCCCUGCUCUGGAGCUCCUGCUGGGCCAAUGGAAGGAGGAGAUGGCCAUCAUGGUGGAGCUGUGUCAGCUAGCACGUGAGCAUGGAGACCCCCACUCUGCCAGCAUGCUCAAAAGCCACUUCCUCCAGCCCCUCACACCAAAGAUCAAACUACUAGGUGACCUCUUGACCAAUGCUCGAAAAGUGGGCUGCACCAGUGAUGGUGCGGGAGGAUUCGGAGAGUACAUCAUUGACCAGCUGUAUGAAGAGCUGACAAGAAGUGAUUGAGCUUCCUCCUGAUGAGCCUCAUACUGAUGCGUUAAAAAGCCUGACCAGCAGUUCUUUCCUAUACAUGUUUUCUGUUCUUAACUACAGUUCAUUGCUAUUAAAAGCAAUGCACAAACUGUAGUUCUAGACUUUAAUAGAAAUGAAUUAUGGGUUUGUUGAAAAGCACUUUUAUAACUUAGUAUUAAAAUUCCUCCUCAGGUAAAAGUAUUGCUCGAGUGAAAUAUUGGGUGAAUUUUAUUGUUACGUAAACGAGGAAGUUUCGUGACUUCAGCAAAGUAUUUAAAACGAGAAACAACAGUAUUAAGCUGGCUGUUUUGAGAGCUUUGUUCUUAUGAAUGUGUUUUUGUAUCAGAUGCCUAUAGUUUGGAAAAGAAACUUGCCAUUCUUGAUAAAGACUGAUUCUAUUUAAAAAGAGACAAUCGUUUUAUUUUACAAUGGAUCAUUGUAUUUGUUUUUUGACAGAGGCUAAAUGAGUCUUUUGAUAUGGAUUGUGUGUCGGAGGCAUUUUUUUUACCACACUCUGCCUAUUUUUCUGUAGCAUUGCGAUUUUAAUAAUACAUCUUUUCCAUUUCAAAUACAUUUCUGUCUCUGCCAUUCUAUAAGCAUGCACUCUGAGUGUUUUUAGAAAUGUAGCAUAUCAUUACACAUUACCUUAUAUUCAAAUAAGUGUAUUCAUUUCUAGAAGUUUGCAUGGCCAAAGAGAGAACUCCACAUGUAUUGUUAUUGUAAGUAUUAAACCGAAGUGUGUCCUUCAUUGCACUGUAUUGUCUUUAGCAGUUAUUGGUGUGUUGUGUAUUGAUUUAAGCCAUAAAAAUAAAACAUAAAGGAAAUAAUCAAAUUUUUAGGGGUUUUUAUUUUAGCCCAUAUGUAUGAAGGUAGGUCCAUUGUUAAUAUGUUGGUUGUAAGGUGAAUCUAGAAUAUGCACUCUGGAGUGUAGAGAAGUAGAUUCUGCUGUGACCCUGGUUCUUUGAAGUGAAUGACAAACCACGAUCCUAUUGGCUCAUUUCUGCCAUCUGUUGGUGAUGACUUAGCACUGCUAGAGGAUAUAUUUAAGGGAAACUAAAUAAAGGAGGCUAGUUCAUGACAUAAGUAGUCUAUGAACCGAAUGAACUCCUAAAAUUAGUUCCCCCUGUCAGAAACGUUAUUUAGCAAUUUGUUCAUUUAGUUAUUUAUUAAAUCGAUUCGUUCAUUAAUUACCAGAGAUCCCUUCCUUUUACCUAUGCUGUGUUACAGUUUCUGGACAAUAAUAUUAAUCAUAACAAUAAUCAGAGAGAAAGAAACUUGAAACGAUUAUCCUAAAGAACUGGAACUGCGCUCAAUCCAGUUAAUAAGUGUAGACGUUUUUAACCUUGCUUUCAUUUUUUCUCAGCACUACUAUCUACUGUAAUCGAAUACUGGGGGUCUCAGGGGUCGUCUGGUUAUAUGUGAAGUGGUUUGGGUGAAACCCUCCUGAUCACAUCGUCAAGAUUUUCGUUUAGCCUUUUAAUAUUGAGAUUAUGUAUUAAACCUCCUCACUUUAAUAAAUGUAAUGGAUGUAUUUAUUGUAUUAGACUACACAGCUCAUCCUCUAAUAUGUUCAGGCGGAAAGCUACAUUUAAGUAACACAGAAAUUAGUAUUUUAAUAUUCAGUAUUAUAAUAAGUCAUUUGCGUUUACCAGA